GCAGGAUAUGUAGAUGUAAAGGUGACAGUUGAUGGCCAUGAAGUAUCAUGCCCAACUAAGUUUUCCUACCUUUCAGCAGAUACACCAACUAUUGGCACUAUGUCACCAACGAUUUUUGAGGUUUUAGGUGGUGGUAUUCUUACCAUUUCUGUUUCAAACUUUGCUUCCAAUGGCACAUUGAAAAUAGGAUCAACAGAUGUUCCCAUAGCAACCAUAAAUGGCACACACAUCACCGCUGUGAUGCCGUCACUUCCUCCUGGGACAUAUGAAGUUUUGGUAUUUAAUGAGAGUAAUGGAGCUGGAGUUCACAGUGAUGGUUCUCGCCCCUCCAUACAGUACCAGCUGUCUAUAACUAAUGUGUUUCCUCGCUACGGGUCAAUGUAUGGGGGUACAAGACUGACAUUGACUGGACAAGGUUUUAGUGCUGAAACUCCUAAAGACAAAAUAGCAGUGUCCAUUGGAAGUCAUAACUGUGGUGUAGAGUCUGUUAGCAGCUCACAAAUUGUAUGUUUGAUUGAUGAAACAGCUGCUGUCAUAAAGAUUAAUAACCAAGGAGUACAUCCACAUUGGGGUAUUGGAUACCAAUGGAAUCCCCUUGUGGGGUAUUUGGAGGCAGGUGACAUUGUUGAAUGGACAUGGACAAGCCAACCAUGGAUUCUUACAUUCACCCAUCGUAUAGAGCAGACAAAGAGUGAAUCAUCUACAGAUAGAGCUUCUGAUGGAUUUAUCAGCAGUACAAAAGGAACAUACAAUGGAAUGUUCCGAUACCAAGUGACAACACCAGGAGAGUUCCAGUAUUGGAGUGGAUACACAGAUUACUAUGAGAUAGUAUACUACAGAGGAACACUGAUGGUUACAGAUAAACAACCUUUUGUUGCUAAUGUAUCAGUGAAAAUAGGAGAACAUGAGGCUUUCUAUACUACCAACUCAGGAAUAUCUGACCCAGUUGAUACCAGUAAUUGUCCAGGAUUAAACAGUUUAACAUGCCAAGACCUGCCAGAUUUAUCCCCAAGUUCCAUUUUCCAAUUUUCUUUUGACAUGUGCCAUAGUCCAACGAUCACCUUACUUGGGAGAGACAAUGCUACAGCUGUAGAUACAGUUACUAUAUUUGGAUCAGGAUUUUCCACAACUGCUUGCAAUAAUGAGGUGACAUUUGGGGAUGCAAAUUGUAUCGUUAAAAAAGCUACCGAAUCUUCUAUUGAAUGUAUGAUUGAUUCAAGUAAUUCACCAAUGAUUGCUGUGAGGCAAGAUGUUGCAGUCCGUGUAAAUAACCUUGGAUAUGCACUGUUAGCAGUUGAAGGUCAGACUGCUCGGACAUUAGUUGUGUUGCCUGUGGUAACCAGCAUUUCUCCAGAAAUGGUUUCGACCAAUGGUGGUGCAGUAGUUAACAUCAUGGGAGCAGGUUUUCAGGGUGACACAUCUGACAUUACUGUAAUAAUUAAUGGAUACAACUGCCCCAUCCAGUAUGUUUCUUACACGGAAAUAAACUGUAUAGCCCCUCCAUCUGGAUUUGGAACAAAGUCCUUAGUUGUUAAGAUAAGUGUAAAUGAUAUGACCAUUCCUGCUGUGUGCGACACUGAAUGCCAGCUAGUCUAUGAAUCAGCAGUAUCGCCAGAAUUGUCAGAUAUUACUCCAACCUCUCUUAACGGAGAUGUGACUACCUUAACAAUUACUGGCUCAGGUUUUUCCACUGUAGUCAGAAAUGCUGUGGUAAAAGUUGGAGAUGUGUCUUGUUCUGUGGAAGCUGUAAAAGACUCGCAGAUAGCCUGUACUAUAACACAUGCUCCAGUGGGGGACUUGGCAGUUGAUGUUGUUAUUAAUGACAAAGGCAGGGCAACUAAAAGCAAAACUUUCUUUGUGACUAGUCAACCUGUAAUAAGUAACAUUUCCCCAACCCAGGGCAGCAUUUAUGGGGGUACAGAAAUUGUUAUCACAGGAAAUGGCUUCAUUAAUGAAAAGACAGUGGUCAGUAUAGGUGGGUCAGCAUGUGAUAUUAAAGAAACAAACUUGUCCAGAAUAGUCUGUGUAACAAGAAGUGGUAGCGAGGGUAAUGCAAGUGUUGCUGUUGUUUCUAACUCCGUUACAUAUGCUGAAUGGAGAUUUGAAUAUUCAUCUGCAGUAACUCCAAUUAUUUCUGUUCUUUCACCACUGAAAGGUACAAAAGGAACCAGUCUAGUUAUAACUGGUUCAACAUUUGGUUCAUCAGAUGGUGAAAAUAAGGUAACAGUUGGGAAUGCUCCUUGCGAGAUAACAUUUUACAACAUGACCAUGAUUGAAUGUACUAUUAGUGAAGGAUCUAUUGGAACAGCAACAGUGUUGGUCAUUGUUGAAGGCUUGGGAGUGUCCAAUAGUGAUGUGCAGUUUGAAUUUGAAUUUGCUGUAACUGGUAUUCAAAAAAGUAGUGGAAGUGUUUCUGGAGGACAGACAAUUACUGUAAUAGGAUCAGGCUUUGACAAUACAACAGAUGUGACCAUUUGUGGAAAGACAUGUACAGCAGACGACAAAGCCAACCAAUCAGCUUCAGAGUUCAUUUGUGUCACUCCUCCAUCUGCAGAUGUAGUUACUGGCACAAAGUCAUGUGAUGUUAUAACAACAGUGGAUGGUGUGCAGAAACCAAUGGGUGGUGGUUAUACUUACAGCCAAGCCUUAACUCCAGAUAUUACCAGUGUAUCACCUGCUAGAGGAGGUACUGGAGGAGGAGUGUUCCUAACAAUAGGAGGAACAGGAUUUGGCAUAGAUAAGUCAGUGGUUGUUGUAAAAAUUGCUGGAACACCAUGUAAUGUCUCAACAGUAACAGAUACAGAAAUUGUAUGUCUAACAGGAAAACACAGUCCAUCUCAAAAGACAAAAGUCUGGGUGGAAAUUAAUGGAAACGGCAUGGCAACACAGACAAAUGCUGAGUUUUUCUAUAUAGAUGUCUGGUCUUCUCCAUAUACAUGGGGAGGUCUGGAUCCUCCUGAAGAUGGUACCCUCGUGGUUAUACCAGCUGGAAACAUCAUACUCCUUGAUAAAAGCACAGCUCGCUUGAAGAUGAUACUCAUUAAAGGUGGUGAACUUGUCUUUGAUGAAAAGGACAUAGAACUGUUUGCAGAUAACAUUUUAAUUGUUGAAGGAGGAAGAUUACAGAUUGGUACUGAGAGUGAACCAUUCCAACACAAAGCAUAUAUUACAGGGACAGCCCACCUACGAACUAAGGAAUUACCUAUUUAUGGUACAAAUUCACUCGGUGUCAGAGAAGGAGUGCUGGAUCUGCAUGGAAAACCUGUACCAGUCGUAUGGACUCACUUAGCAUCUACAGCUGCAGCAGGGUCAAAUACUAUUACAUUAGAAAGGGAAGUGACAUGGCAGUCAGGGGACGAAAUCGUCAUAGCAACAACAGGUGGUCCUAGUUCUCAACGACAGAAUGAAAAACACACUAUUAAAGAAGUAACAGACAUGAAAACAUUAACGUUAGUGAACGCUUUGAAAUACGAACAUUUAGGAGAAAGUGAAACCAUUGGUAGUCAUACUUUUGAAUACAGAGCAGAGGUUGGAUUGUUGACUCGUAAUAUUGUUUUACGUGGUGAGAGGGAUCGCCAGUGGACAGAAAUUAUUCCAGCAUGUCCAAGAGGUUUCAGUACAGGAGAAUUUGCCACCCAAACAUGUUUUCAAGGGCGUUUUGGAGAAGAAAUUGGAAGUGACGAAUUCGGUUUGCAAGUUAUGUUUCAUCCACCAGAACCAAACAAAAACCUAACUAUAGGGAGAGUUUCAUAUGUGGAGUUUACUUAUGUUGGGCAAGCCUUUCGACUAGGAAGAUAUCCAUUUCAUCUGCAUUUGGCAGGUGACAUGUCUUCAACAUACAUAAAAGGAUGUUCUAUUCAUGAAUCAUUUAAUCGAGGUGUCAAUAUUCAUGGAAGUCACAACGCCCUUGUAGAAAACAAUGUCAUCUACAAUACAAAGGGUGGGACUGUAUUUUUAGAAGACGGUAUAGAAACUGGCAAUAAACUACUAUAUAACUUAGUGAUAUUUGUUAGGGAGAGUUCUAGCUUGGUAAAUGAUGAUAUAACACCAGCCUCAUUCUGGAUAACUCACCCUGAUAACUUUGUUGAACAUAAUGUAGCAGUAGGUGGAACUCACUUUGGAUUUUGGUAUCGUAUGCAUACACAUCCUGAUGGUCCCUCUAGCACUACUUCAGUUUGUCCACAAAGAGGGAAGUUAGGAAGCUUUUCCCACAAUACUGCUCACUCCUUUGGAUGGUACGGCUUUUGGAUAUUUACGACAUAUACACCUCGUACAGAUGGCAGUUGUUGGUCAGGAACACCACAGCCAACUGUAUUUGAUAAUUUCUAUGCUUGGAGAAAUAGAAAAGGAGCUGAAUCAGUAAAGGCAGGGGCACUACAGUUUCAUAACUUUACACUUGUUAGCAAUAGUGAAGCUGGUUAUGAAGAAAUUACUCACCUUGAAGGGGAAUGGUAUUCUCAAAAUGGGGCCUUAUUUAAAAAUGGAGUGAUUGUUGGAACAUCAAGUCUUGGUGGAUGUACAGCCAGUGGUAUUUCGUUACCAGACAAUUUUGGAUUUAUGGUGGACGGGACAGAAUUUAUAAACUUUAAUGGUGGCUGUACAGCUUUUUCAGUAAAACAUGCAACUGAUCAUAAUGCACCUGGAGGUUUCCAUUAUCGAACUCAAAACCUUAAAUUUACAAAUGUUGGCCCUACGAAUGGAGCUUCAAUAGCUGAAUUUGAGGCUUCAUUUAUGGACUUGGAUGGGACAGCCAAAACAAACAUUCCAGGAUCUAUAAUUGCACCAACAACAGAUAUGCAUCCUCCAAACUGUACAGAUUUUGAAUUUUUUUCAGCUGGCGUACCAAUGAGUCUAUGCACCAUUAAUGUUUUGAGAUUUUCUUUUAAUAACCUUCAACGAGGGGGACUAUACCGUGGACCAAUUAGGUUUGAAAAUCAGUAUGGGAAUACAACAAUUAAUUGGGAAAGAAUGUAUGUGACUCACCCAUUAGGCUAUAUGAUAAUGAUCUCUACACGUGAGGAGUAUACCAUGCAUUUCGACAACACCAAACUAAAUACCAAUGUUAGCUUUAGUGGUACCUUGACAUUGUUCAAUGCUGAUGAUUGGUUGAUAUUUACCAUUGAACUUGGUGGAACACCUGACUGUGUGUAUGUAUUUGAUAGAGUAUGUAGGAAGAACGGCACAGAGAUGCCACUUGACCCAGAGGAGCAUUUUAACGGUGACUGGUACUAUGACAAAUCUACUGGAGCUGUCAGCUUCCUAGUUUCUCGGAAAGGAAGAGGAUCACUAACUGGUGUACAGUAUAAUCUAAACUUCCAGUGUUUCAAAUGUUACUUCAAGGAUUGUAUUGUGCCACCCAAACCGGAAACAGUAGCACCAGUUGAUACUACACUUGGAGGUGUAGACGAUGCUAUGACAUGGUGGGGACUAGGCCUUAAAAGAUGGUCUGAUCCAACAAUUUGGCCUAAUAACACCAUUCCACAGGAAGGUGAUGAUGUGGCCAUUGAAUGUGGUACAUGGGUGCUAGCAGAUAUUGAGAUACCACCAUUGGGGGAAUUGUUUAUCUGUGGAGUUCUGGAAUUUGACAAUGAGAAUUAUACAGAAGGUUAUAAGAAUUUCACCGUAAACGUGACACGUAUCAUUAUAUAUGGUGGAAGACUUAUUGUUGGUUGGGAAAAGCGUCCUUUCAUGGGCAAUUUUCUUAUAACACUGAGAGGAAAUGCAUCAGAUGAAACAUAUGAGCUUCCAAAUGGUGGAGAUAAUAUCGGGUCAAAGGUCAUUGGUGUUUACGGUGGAUUAGAUUUACAUGGAAAGCCAAUAAAUAUGCCAUGGACAACCCUUAAUACAACAGCUUACCCUGAUGACAGCACUAUCAAGUUAAAUACAGUUGUGGAUUGGGAAGUUGAACAAGAAAUAGUUGUUACACCGACAGGGUAUAGUGCCUGGGAGACCGAAACCUUCCAAAUAACAAAUGUUGAAGAGUCAGAUGGAAUGUCAAUUUUGACCUUGAAUGAUACCAUACAGUAUAGACAUUUAGCCUACAAUGACAAUGGUGUGGAUAUUACAGCUGAAGUUGGCUUGUUAACACGGAAUGUUAAAGUACAGUCUGAAGAUUAUCCUGAUUUAUAUGAAGAGAAAUAUGGCGGACGUUUAAUUGUAGGACAAACAGAGUUCAGCAAAGGAUAUGCACGAAUCUCAAAUACAGAGUUUUACCAUAUGGGACAAGAUGGGAAAAAUUACAGAAAAGUAUAUGAUCCUAGAUUUGCUGUAUCCUUUGUUGAUUCAGGACCGGUCAAUUAUAUAAGACCAUCCUAUAUACGUAAUUGUUCAUUCCAUAAUGGAUUUUCUCCAGCUAUAGGAAUAUUUAAUGCCUUGUAUUUGCCAAUCGAGGACAAUGUUAUACAUGGAAGUCAUUUUUAUGCCAUAAUAACUGAUUCUUAUGGAACCAUUAUAAGAAGAAAUGUUGUAACAAUGACACAAAACCUUGAAGCUGAUCUAUUAGGCGCCAUUUCAGCUGCAGAUGCUACAGAUUUAGUGUUAGAAAACAACCGUGUUUCUGGAUCAGAAAGGGCUGCUUAUGACAUUGCACAACCUUGUAAUGCGUCAUCUUCAAAAUGGUACUCUGGUAAUAUUGGACGCUCUUCUUUGUAUGGAGUAAUAACAACUCAGGCUGAAAUUUAUUGUAAUAGAAUCUGCGGUUUUAUUCUGGUAAAGUGUGGAUAUUAUGGAGUGUAUUAUGAUGGUGGUGUAUCAGUAGUAUUCGAGAAUCUUGUUUUAGCAGACAAUCCAAUUAGCAUAUCUAUAACAAUUACGGGACCCUCUGCCACAUCACAUCAGUAUGCAGAUAAAACUGCCAUUGUAAAUAAUUCUGUCAUAGUAGGGACAUCACCUGUGUUUGAUUGUUAUAUUGAUAGAGUAAAUAAAUCAGAGAAAGGUAUUGAACCGCUUCUGAAAAAAGGUCCAUUCGGACAAAGAAUAGGAAUUCCCUUUGCAACUUUCAGCUCUGGAUCCAAGUCCCCUAUGGCAAUUAGAGGAUUACUUACCAUAGAGAAUGUUGAAUUUAGGAACUUCACAACAGCUUGUUCCAGUAGAGAUAAUGCAAUCACAACCAAUCCUUCAAAUAAUGACGGAGCACAUCCUGUUGAGACAUCAAACAUCAAAUUCCAGAAUGUGGAACGGAAGCACAAAAUUUAUUUUCACAGGCCUAAUCUAGGAUUGAUUAACCCAGCUGACUGUGUAGAUAUGGACUGUGAUGGUUUAAAAAAAGGUUUUCUGAAAGAUUUAGAUGGGACAUUUUUGGGGACACCUGGUACACCUGGAACAAUCUUGCCACAGUCUGAAUGGGAAUGGGACGGUGAUCCACAAAGAGGACUUGGUGAUUACAGAGUUCCUAAAACAAUGCUGACCAUGCUGAAUGGAACUAGAAUUCCCAUGAGUACUUUGGCUCCCAUGAAAGGUAUAAUUCGAGAAAAUGGCUGUGUAUAUGAGAGUGACUGGAAUGCGUAUGUAUGUCGUGAGUUCGAUUAUCUAAUGAUGGUUAUAGAAAGCAUGGAUAGUGACAGCACUAGCAGAAGACUCUCUCCUGUAGCCUUGUUGGGACAUAAUAGUGAUGGUGAAGGAGUCAUUGACCUGAUGAAUGGACCUCAAGAUCAUGGAUGGUGUUCAGGAUAUGCCUGUAAAUCACGCUUGUCAACCUUUCAAGCCAUUGUUGCCACAGGUAAAAAUUAUCAAUUGUAUUUUACCAGUACAUCUCCAAGGUCUUCUCGCUACUUCCUGUUGAAUGCAGAUGACUCACAAGCUGUCCGCAUUGCAGUGUGGUACUCCCAACCCUAUCGAAUGGAUGUGUAUUACCAAAAGAAACUUGUAUUGCCUGUCAAUGGUAGAUUUGGAAUAGACAAUGCUUACAUUUUAAGUCCUCCGCCAGUUGGUAAGCCAUUUGCAUACCAUCCAAAUGCUACAAAGGAUCCAGCUGGAACAAACUGGUUUGAUCGUGAUUCUGGACUUCUUUAUUUUGUUGUAAGAGGGUCAGACCCAAUCAGUAUUGUGACCACUAAACAAAUCAUAGUCAGUUUUAUGUACCCAGCAAUGACAGCAAGUGAUUUCUAUGGUGAACGAAUUGUUGAACUACUUGCUGCAUUUUUCGAUCUUCCUCCCUCAAAGGUUCGAGUAGUUAAUAUUGUGAGUGCACAACAAAAUAAACGUAGACGUAGAAAAAGAUCAACAGAAAGAGAUCAGAUUGUUGUUGAGAUCGGUGAUGUUCCUAAUGAUGAUUUCAACACAACAGCUGAUGAUGCCAUUACAGAGGAUCAAUUACAACAGAUGUAUGCUAAGAUAGUUACUGAAGGAGAAGUUGGAAAUAUCAGUGAAAUUGUAAAUGCCACAGUAUUGGGUCUUGGUGUUGCAGAACCUACUCUUGAUCCCUCUGACCCAAAAUGGUCAAGAGUGACCACUGACGAUGGAUACCGAAUCCUUAUACAAGUUGAUCAUCUAGACUUUGAAACAACCACUCUUUCACAAUAUGAAGGGACAAUAUUCCCCAGGCAACCAAAGAUAUGUGCAUAUGACAAAGGGGGAGAUAAGAUAAAUGACCUUGGAACAGAUUUGUAUCCAUGGAAUAUAACAGCCACUCUGCGACAAGGCACUGGUAAUCCAGAUGGUGUAUUGUCAGGAAACACUACCGUACCUUUUGUUAAUGGGGAGGCCAACUUUAGUAAUCUGGAGAUAAGUCAUCCUGGUAUGGGCUAUAUUAUAGACUUUAACAUGACAGAACCUAUUGAAGCUGAAAACUUAACCUUAGCCUCAGUACCACUGGAUAUACAGAAAAUACCUGUUACAGCAGUAAUUGUAUCUGCCACUGAGGAUGUUUACACUACAGAAAGUAUGGUGAUUCAGAUGGAGCUAAGAGAAGAACUGACAGGGAAUAAACUCGACAAUAUUGGAUGGAGGUCACAUGAAUGGAAUGUUCAAGCAGAUAUGGGAACCCCAGAAUAUUAUAAUGGCUCUUUACAUGCAAGUAACCAGAAAUUUUGGGGUUCUAGCAGUCAGGCAACAUUCUCAGAUUUGACAUUUACAUCAUUUGGAAUGGCUAUAAUUAAUUUCCAUGUGACUACCAAUCCUCCGGAGUACAAUUUUACUAUACCACAUUUUGUCAACGUCAAACAAUUGCAGCACAAGUCUAUGACCCAUGAGGAGACCAAUGAUAUUGUUCUAAAGAUAGAUGGGGAUUAUAACACAGUAGUUGGAUCAGAUGAUCGUUAUGCAAAAGCAAUGUUUGGAAAUUGGUUUGCUGUUAUGUAUGAAGAUUUACAGAUCAAUUCAGUAUCUUUGCAACCAGGGAGUAUUCUGGUAACCCUGAAUGUAUCAGGAAGCCAUGAUAGUAUCAACAGUUCCUUGUAUUCAACAUGUUCUAUGCUCACAGAUGGACAGACAAUAAACUAUAAUGGACAGGCCCUGGAAUUGUCCAAAUACAUGUAUUAUAAUGAUAGUGUAUUUUAUGGAGAGGCAUGUGAAGUUAUCCCAGAUAAUGAUGACAGUUCUGAAGUUCCAAUGGCUAUUAUUGUUGGUUCAAUUGUUGGAUGUGUACUGUUGAUUGUGAUUAUAUUGGUUGUGUGGAGAAUGAAGUCUCAAUCCAAAAACAAAAUACAGGUCACAGGUGGAUUACUUAGUUGUGGGUGUGGUACAGGAUCAAAUGAAAAAGACACAGAUGAAAUUUUGUACAGAGAAAGGUCUUUUAUGAGUGUCACUGGUCCUAAAGAGUCUGUUUCCAGAGACCAGUCUUUUGUCAGUAGUGCACCUAGUUCCACUGAAUUCAAAGCACCAAGAUUAUCACAAGCAUGGAAUAGCAAUUUUUAAUUGAACAUAGAGAGAGAACACUUUGUUUUUAUUGUGUAUGAACAUUACUUAUACUUUACAACUUAUAUACUUUUUAUAUCUCAGUGUUAAAAUAUUAUUCAUAUACAAAAUGUUGAAUCAAAUAAUUUUAUUUUUUUAAAAAAGGGGUAUUUAUUUACAUUGAUGGAUGUGUCAAAUCCACAUUUGGCACCUUUUAGCCAAAUAUCAGGUGGAUUAUUAUGAAAUUUUAACUACUUGACCAGCAAUAAAAUGAUAAUUUUGGAAACUAUGAUACUAGUAUAUGGUGAGUGUUUAAUCUAUCAUGCAAUCAGUUGAUGACAUGCCAUGCUAAUAAAGGUGUACAUAUAAAUUUACAUAUGUUUGUCUCCUGGUGUCCAUCAUUUCUAAUGAGUUCAAAAAUAAAAUUCAAAUACAAUUACAUCAGUUCAAUUUAGAGUAUCCUAAAGUGCAUUCUGCAUCCAAGCAGUCACAAUUUAAGGUAUUAACAAAUAACACAGCUUGAAAUGUAAACAAUUUCAGUUUAUAUUAAAUUGCAGGAUGAAAACAAUACACAUGCAUUGUCUAAAAAUGUAUAAUUCAUUUACACACUAUAAAACAGGAGUUACACUAGGUGACCCCUUUUUUUACCAUGUUUCUAAAACUUGUACUAAUAUGGAAUAUAUAUUUUUAUACAAUGUACAUUAAUUGUAUAUACUGUAUAUCUUUUUAACUUCAAAUUAAUACCUGUUAACUGCAUUUAAUCUUUUUAUGACUUAAAAGUUUAUUCCUUUUAAUUAUUUUUUAACAAUGUUAUAAAAAAAAUCUUUUGCUUUUUUUUGUUGUUGGAGUUAUUGUGCAUUAAUCAUUUUAACAUUAUGAGUUUCAGAUUAUGAUGUGUGAGAAAAUUAAUAAGUGUUGUAUAAAAAGGAAUUCUGAUCUAAAUUAUUAGACUCUUGACUUAAAAUAAAAAGCCCACUCACUAAAUUGUAGGAAAUAGAUUGUACAAAUCUUUGAUUGUGUAGGCCCCAAAACAGAUUUAAGAAUUGAACAGUAUUUUCAGUUUUACUUUAAUUCGUCCAGUUUAAAGAAAUGUUCUGUUAAAAUUGAUUAUCCAGAAACUUGUUAUGGUUUAUCUGUUAUAUUUGACCAAUGUAUUUAUUUUACAUUUUAUGCAUGAAAUAUAUUAUAAAUGUACUAAUGUACGUUCAA